AAAUUAAUGGCAACAAAGUUAAGAAGAAACUAACAGCUCCAAAUAUAAACAUGACUUUGGAUCAGAGUGAAGAGUCUGUUUUAUCCGGCUUAGAGGCAAGUGGAGAUAUUGACUUGGAUGAUAUAGACACCCCUUCGGAGAACAGCAAUAAUGAGUUUGAGUGGGAAGACGACCUUCCAAAGCAGAAAAGCACCGAUGCUGCUCGGAAGGGCUCCCUGCUGGAAUACACGGCAUCGGAAGAGAAGGAGGAGGAACGGCGAUGGCGAAUGUACCAGAUUGGUGACCAGGGUCACCGAGUAGAUAUGAAGGCCAUUGAGCCCUACAAGAAAGUAAUUAGUCACGGAGGCUAUUACGGGGAUGGGCUAAAUGCAAUUAUUGUCUUUGCGGUUUGCUUCAUGCCAGAAAGUAAUCAACCAAACUACCGAUACUUAAUGGAUAAUCUGUUUAAAUACAUUAUCGGCUCCCUAGAAUUAUUAAUAGCGGAGAGCUAUAUGAUUGUUUAUCUCAACGGGGCGACCACCCGGCGGAGAAUGCCCAGCUUAGGAUGGCUCAGGAAGUGUUACCAGCAAAUCGAUAGGAGGUUAAGGAAAAACCUGAAGUCCUUAAUAAUAGUCCAUCCUUCCUGGUUCAUCAGAACACUUCUGGCAAUCACAAAGCCAUUUAUUAGCUCAAAAUUCAGCCAAAAAAUCAGAUACGUCUUUACUUUGGCAGAGCUGGCAGAGCUCGUCCCCAUGGACAGCGUGAACAUCCCCGAAUGCAUAAAACAGUAUGAAGAAGAAAAAUGUAAAAAGAAACUCCAAAGAAUUGAUCAAGAACUUAAUGGGAAACAGGAGCAGAAGUCUGAACAGUAAAAAAAAAGAAAAGUAUUUCUGAAUUCAAGCCGAGAGUGAAGAACACGCUGGGAGAUCCGAAGUCCUGAAGAAGACUUCUGCGUCUGGACUUGGCCUGUUGAAUGAGGCACUGCCGAGUGGUGGUUCGCAGUCCCGGGGGAUGCCGACACUUCGUAGUUGCCUUUAUUAUAACUUUCACGCGGCCGUGUCACAAAGGCACCCUAGGAGGGGCAGCCAUUGUUAUAUCGCGAUGCUUAUUCAGUGAGUAUUUAUAUAUGCUUCAACGUUAAGGGGAGAGAUAAUAUAUAUAUAUAUAUUUUUAUGACUCUUCAACGCAUAUUUUAUAAUUUUCAUCCGAGAAAAACCUCUUGAGACGCACUAGCCCGCUGACGGCGGUUGUCGUUUAUUUAGGAAUAAAAUGCAUGAGAAUUUCUUAUAUAUGGGGAAAUGCUUCUUGGCUAAAGAAGAGAGAAAUGUAACUUUGGUUAUCUGCUACGCUGGCAAGAUCCUUUUGCUAUUUCCACUGUGCUUCUUCACCUUGGAGUUGGGUGUCCUCAGCACAAACUCGAUUCAGCCCAAGCCCUUCUGUGUUGAAACGUUGAGGUUUCAGCUCCCUCGCCUCUGAACAGAAAAAUCCGGGAAUUGAGAAUACGACUCCUGUUCGAAUGUUGGAGGCUGUCUAGCUCUGGAUGCCCAGGGAGUGAUUUAUUGGGGAAUUUGGGAGACAUUCCAGAGCCGAAUGUUGGUGGCCUCCCAGCCGGUCUUCUCCUGUCUACCAUGGAGGAGAUCUCAGUCCAGCUUCUGAUGGGCCUUAACUUACCACAAUGUGCAGGGGAGUUGCAGGACAUGGUAUCAGGAUGUGGCACGCAAGAGUAGAGAAAGUGUAGGGACAAGGACAGCUUAGCCUACGGAGGCUGCUCUCAAGCCCACCCCGCGUGCGACGCCAAGGUGGAAGAACAAUGUUAGGUGGUGAUUUUCAUACUUUGGAAAGCAAGGCUCUUGGAACGGCACUUUCCACCAGCACUAGCUUCACUUUAUGCACUUUUUUUUAAUUAAAAAAAGGAGUCUCUGUGUGUAACUGCGUGUUUGUGUUGCAUGUUUUGCCUAUUUUAAUGGCUGCUUUAAGAGUGGCCUUCUCAGUCGGAUGCACUAAUUCCUAGCGGGGUAAUCAACAAAGCCAUCGUGGAUUGUAGCAGAAAUGUUAAAAGGUUUUUGGAAAGCUUGGGCAUCAUCGCUCUUAUUUUCAAUUUGUAUUUAAGAUUUGUGCCUGUUGUUAGCAACGCAGCGUUUUCUUGUUCCCAGUGUUCACGGAGGGGGAAAUAACUGCCUGUGUGUCUGUUCAUAACCCAGUCAAUAAAAUGUUUUUAAAUAAAGAAAGGCUUUAACCGGGUAUUUAUGUCA